CCGCCCCCGGCGAGGAAGAGACACGUGUGAUCGGGUGUGCCGUAUCCCGGGUCCUGGCGUGCCGUAACGUGGGUGUAACGCGGCGUGGCACGGCCGAGACGAUGCCGUCGGCGCUGCUCCGGCAUCGCGGCCGCGACAUUUCCAUGGAAACGUAGACGCGGCCGCUGGUGCGUGCGGGAGCGACCACCUCCGCCGUCCGUGUCCGUUUCCCGUUCCCCGUCGUCGCGAUGUCGACCGCCCGUCGGCUGCCUCGUCUCCGCGCGCGAUUAGGUUAACCCUGACGCGAAACGCUCGCGCUCGCUCAACGUCCGACGACGAGGGGAUUUCCACCGUCGUCGCUCGGUGCCUCGAAAUUGGAUUAGGAGGCACGGAAGAGAUCCGAGUUUGGGAGGAGAGCGUGACAUUUCUUUUGCUGGAAGAAGCGAAGAGCCCAGAGUGAAUAGUGCUCGCAUGUCAUUGCCAUUAGAUUUUGUACAAUGAGCAGCUGGACAGAGAGAAUGCAUCGACGCGCAGCUACGUUAGGAAAUGUUGUAACCAGCUGCGGACAUCCCUCCUCAGAGCCUCCGCACCCGAGACGCCUGGAAAAGGUCAAGUUUGGUGCACCCCUGAACGAAGUGUGCAAGAAUGAUAUUCCUGGCCCGUUACUGGUCCUUAUAUUAAAACUGAACAAGGAAGCUCCGCUCAGAAAAGAUAUCUUUCGGGCACCUGGCCACCAGGGUAAUAUGAAGAAACUGGUACACUUCCUGCAAACCGGACAUCUGGUCAACAUGGAUAAUUUCAGCGAUUACACGAUAGCCAGCGUUUUAAAGAAGUUUUUGCGCAAGAUACCCGGUGGAAUAUUCGGUAAAGAGGCGGAGCAACAACUGUUUACCAUAAUCCAGCUAGAUAGUGUAGAACAACAACGGGACCAGAUACACAGAUUAAUUACCUCCAUGCCGAUAUACACACAACGGUUACUGGUACUGCUGUUUGGAACAUUCAGGAUAGUAGCAGUAAAUUGCGAGCGAGCGCACACGGGGAUGACUAGUGAGGCCCUGGGGGUGUCCGUGGCACCCUCGUUCUUUCAUAGUUGUGUCAGCGACGGCAAGACUGCUAAGAUGGAGGAUGUUCUCAGAUUUAAGGUUGCUACCCGCAUCACCAAGUUCAUGAUAGACAAUUUCGGCGUUUCCAAUCUAUUUGGAAGGGACAAUUACGAGUAUUACGCGCGCAUAACCGGCCGGAUAUUAAAAGUGGAGGAGGAUUGGAUCUUCAGUUUCCGAUAUCCGCCGGACACUCUCGUAUCGAGACAGCUGUCGCUGGAGGCUGAAAAAUCGUGGUUGCAAUACGAGUGCGAAAAAUGGGGAUUGAAGUUGAAUUUAGAAUGUAUGUCGCAUCAAGAGGAAUCGCAGUCAACUCCGGCGUUGAUUCACGUGCCGGAGACCGUGAACCUCGCGUCAUCAUUAGGCAUGAUUCCAGAGAAUACCUUACUCGAGAGUUACACGCGUCUCUCGGUGAGCUUAGAGGAAAACGGCUUGUUCCAGAUUAUAUUAUUACAGGUACCCAGUCGUUCAUCCAGUAACGGCAGUCAACAUUCUAAGCAUGGGACACUGGGUAUGACGCUGGAAGAACUUCGCGCGGUAAAUCGCUACGCCGAGAGCACCAAGAGUCUCAGCUACCUGCCGCAGGUUCAUGAGAGGCAAGCCGCACGAAUGCGAACUAGAUCUGAAUGGUUUCUCACGCCUAUAGUUGCCUCGGACAGUGAUCCCUCGGCGUUACACAUUUUACGAGGUUCCAAUCGGUCUUCCUCUGGCAAUAUCGCUACGGGUUUGAGCGCCAGCGCAGAAUCGGUGAAGCGGCCGAGUCUUCGGAGAAAUUCCUCCAGGGAGAAGCAACGUUGGCAUCGCAACUCGUCUCGUCGCAACAAAGAGAACGGCACUAAAGGAGCGGGCCGCUCGGCUACAGCGGCCGCGGCAGCGAUGGUGACGGAGGCGUCCAAGUCGCGUUCCCUAGAGACGAUCAAGAACGUGAAGAUCGUGCGCGUGAUGGCGGCGGAUCAGCAGCAGUCUGCCGAGAAGAUGAUGGACAGCAGCCACAAUGAUAUCUUCGAGGAGCACGCGAGCAAAGAGACGCGCGUGCCGUCGCGUACCAGCGGCGACGGUGUCAUUGGGCCGCAGGAUUGCACGGAGAUGGACGUCAAAACGUUUCACGUCACUCUGACGUACAAGCCGCGGAUAUAAACUUUAAUUUUUAUUUUUUUACUUUAUUAUAAUCUAACUCGACGCUUUCAGGAAUGUCGGAACGGUAUUAUUUUUCUCGCGCGUGAAAUACGUUUUCGCGUUGGUUGUUACCCCAAAUAUUAUACGUAUAGUCACAAACCUGGACGACGAUUUUAUCCUAAUGUUCGACGUUUAGGAAAUAUUAAAUUUAUCUCGUUCGCGAAUAUAUACGAUCCUUUUUUUUUAAAUUUUAAUACCGACGCUCAGGAGUAUCGAACUCGAAAUAUCUUCCUCGCGCAAAAUUGCGUAUGUAGUAACACAAACACACGUACACACAUACACGUACAAAGAUUUAUUUAUUCUCGUCAUAUUGUAGUUCAAGUGUUCGUUUUUCACUGUUUUAUAGUCGUGAAAUUUUAUCACUUUUCUGUGUAACAGAACGAUUAAUUAAGUUACAUUGAAAGAGGGAGGGAUUAUAUGAGAACGCACUUUUAAUUUUAUUCCGUUGAACGUACCGGUUUAACUUCGGUUACUCUCGCGUAAUAAACACUAUCGUGGCAUUCCAGACGCAUUUACUCUUGCCCCGCGAUAUUUUAAUUAACUUUUCUUGCGUGCUCGAUAAUUUCGUUCGAUUGAUCGAGACGUUUUUCACACGAAUCGUAUCCACCAUUACUUGUAUUUAUUCCGAAUUAUUAGAAAUACGACUUAGACACUUCGGAAACCUAUCCCAUCGAUCACCAUCGCGUGACUAACAGCGUAACGUACGCAGGAUGUUCCACGACGCGUCUGGCUUAUGAAUUCUUUUUGCAAUCUAUAGUCCAUUUUUUCUUGAUGAAAACAUUGGGCUAUUCUUUUGGAAUUACAUCCGAAAUCGAGGCAUGUAAGUCAAGUUUUAAGAACGCGGUUGGACAAUAACAUCUUGUUCUCUUCUUUCAAAAUUAAAAUUUUUAAUUCAAACGGAAAGGCUAACGGCUAUUCCGUUUUUUAUUCAUGGUAUUGCGACCUUUCUAUGGUGGACCGGAAGUCCAUCCAGGGGAAUAAGAAGAAGAAAUUCAAAUCGGAUCUUUAAUAAAAAAAAUUAUUUAAGACUUUGAGAUGACUAAAAAUUAUGAGUCAUGAGAUAGGAUUUAAUGAAAUGUUUUUUUCAUAAAAAGAAUUCAUAAAUGAAGUUUAUUUGGACGUUGCCACGGGAUAUUGUGUACGAAAAGGAGGAUUCGGUAAAUCUUGCAAUAUCGGUUGCUCGUAUAUAAACGCACAGUCACGGUUGUUACAUGCCAAAUUAGUAGUACAUGUAAGCUAUACUUGUAAGACAUCGAUUAUAGAAAAUGUUAUGAUCGCAUUAUCGCGUGUACGUUACGAAAAUCGUUUAUAAGAUCAGACAGGGUGAGUCAAGGGAAAUGAAACGGUUUUUUUCCUUUGAAUUUGAAAAAAAAACUAUGCAGUACACUAUUAAUUAUUGAAGGAAAC